UCAUUACCAGCUCUAUUUAAAACAAAACAAAUAUUUCAAAUAAAUAAGGAUGGACAUUUUUGAGAGUUUUUGCCGCACGUGCGGAAACGAAUGCCUGGAAUCGCUGGGAAUCUACGAUGAAAGCGUGCAGACGCUGGACAAAAUGGUGCCCAUUGCAGAGAUGCUGGCGUCCUGUUUACCCACCUCCUUGCCGCCUUUGGACCCCACGGAUGACUAUCCCAAGCAGAUCUGCCGCAUCUGCGUGAAAAAGCUGUCGAUGGCCUACGAGUUCAGCCAACAGUGGCUUGGCGCCCACAGCGAGUUCAACGUUGCCCUAAAAUUCGAGCAGCGCCGAAAGCGCAGCCUGGCCAGCAAAUCCCAAUCCCGAUCGCAAUCUCAGUCCCGGCCAGUGAAAGAUGAGGAACUGCCCACGGAGACGACGGAUGCAGUGCAUCUUAAAAUAGAACCCGGAGUUGUCACUGCACCUGCAACCGCGGAGAUCAGGACCCGCUGCAAUUCCGAUCUAGGCUUCAAGUGUGCUAUCUGCAACGAAAGCUUUCACACAGAAAGAGCCUGCAAGUUUCACUUCCAGUUCUCUCACAAGGAUCUCUAGUCCACGUAAAGCAAUUUUUUAAAACUAUUUGUAUCGAUCACUAACUACAAGUCUGCUGUAAAAGGACAAUUUUAAUUUGUAUAGACCUUUUAUGUUUUAGUUAACAUAACUUUGUAGAAUUCAAGCCCUUUUUAUAAACUAUACGAUGUUAAGCAAAAUCUGACAUGAACAGGGGUCAAAAUUAAAUGUAGUUUUUUACAAAUACAA